GACCCACCUGCAGCCACACUAAUAUAACAAGCCGGCAAAAAAAAGGAAGCUAAAUUUUUUGUUAAAUCUUCGGCCUUUAAAAACACAGAAAAAUGUCGUUCAAAGGCAAUCCCAAGGUGCAAAAGGUGAUGGUCCAGCCCAUCAACCUGAUCUUCCGCUACCUGCAGAACCGUUCCCGCGUCCAGGUCUGGCUCUACGAGAACAUCUCGCUGCGCAUCGAGGGCCACAUCGUGGGCUUUGACGAGUACAUGAACCUGGUGCUGGACGACGCCGAGGAAGUCUAUGUGAAGACGCGCCAACGCAAGAAUCUGGGCAGGAUAAUGCUGAAGGGCGAUAACAUAACGCUAAUACAGAAUGUGAAUCCCACAAAGGAUUAGGAACAAGGACCUCCACCCCCACCUACGAUAGCUGCACGUCGUAAUUAUUAGGUUUAAACACAACAAAAAAUAUGUAAAAGCAAAUUUCUAAAGAGAUUCUAAGGAAUGUACAUUCGUAUAAAUGUUAAAUAGAAAUGUUUAAGAAGAGGAAUGUUUAUUCAAAUAAAAUGUAGACUUUCUAGGAAGGAAA